UUCACUACGGUUCUCCCGUGACAAUAAACCAGGUAUUGGAGUCCCAUAUAGCUAUUUGAGGUGAAUGCAAGGAUUUAUUUGUUUAUCAGGUUGAAGAGGUCGAAUGAUAAAUAAAAAAUAAAUAAAAAAUAGUAAUUUGGUUUGGCUACUUCUCUACACAAAAAAAUUACGGUGGCGCUUCAACUCCAAGACGUGCGUUCCUCUUCCAAAGAUCAACAUGAUGUCUGCCAUUGACACGGGUACCUCUGUGUACCAACCAGCAAAACUACUGAACUUGCUUUACACGUCGCUACAUGACACGCAACAGACCAAUACCUUGGAUGCGUUCCGAACGGAAUCGGAGAGUUCUCCACGCGACCGGAACAACAAACAGCGGUCCGAGGCUGCUGUCGACCUGAGCACUGCGCUCAACUCCAACUAUCUCAUCAACUUCGUGCGACUUCAGAGGAAUGAGGCCUUAAACAGCAACUUGUAUAAAAGCUCCUCGCUCAACAACAUCGUAGACGGCCUGAGUUCUCUGACAGACCCCUUCUCUGACCUCUCCGUCUCCUCUGAGUCACGCAAACCCAGCAAGCAACCGCCGCCCAACUACCUGUGCCAUCUCUGCUUCAACAAAGGACACUACAUCAAAGACUGCCCUCAGGCUCGGCCUAAAGGGGAAGGCCUGACCCCAUAUCAGGGCAAGAAGAGAUGUUUCGGGGAAUACAAGUGCCCUAAAUGCAAGAGGAAGUGGAUGAGCGGAAACUCCUGGGCCAACAUGGGACAAGAAUGCAUCAAGUGCCACAUCAACGUUUACCCUCAGAAGCAGAGACCUCUGGAGAAACCUGAUGGGUUAGAUGUUUCAGACCAGAGCAAGGAGCACCCACAGCACCUGUGUGAAAAAUGCAAGGUCCUCGGCUACUACUGUCGUCGCGUGCAAUAAAAACCUGUCGUAAUCUGGUUCAUGGAGUUGCCCUCUAGACACUGAUCUUGGAUCAGCUUAGCAUUUUCUCCACCACUGGUUAAGGUCAGGUCUGGGGGAGGGGAAGCUGUACCUAGAGUAAACUUCACCCUGGAGCCAAGUUGACUUCCCUGGCCUUCCCUUCACUUAAACCUCCAGUGGUUUAUGAAGAGGCAAAACUCAUCUAAAUGUGUUUAUAUAUAUAUAUUUAAUCUCAGUAAAAAUAGGCCUGAUUCUCCUGUCGUACUCUGUUGUACUGUGAAACAUUUACCUGUUUAUGUUCCCUACAUGUGUGUAAAUUGGGGACAAUUCCAUUUCAACUAAGUCAAUUCAGGAAGUAAGCUGAAGUUCCAAUUUGAGUUUACUUCCUGAAUUGAAAUGAAAUUGACCCAAACCCUGGUGUGUCGUGUGUGUUUUAUGACGAUAUCCCUGGAUUCCAAGGCGCGUUGUCGACAAGCGCGUAGCCUUAACUGUUCAGAGUCAUUUAGGCUCGAGUCGACAUCGUUUACCGUGAAUAAGAACUCUUGAGAGGAGAGAGAAGGGGAGAAAUGGCCUUUUUAAAAAGGGGCAUUUUCAGCAGUGCGACACAGUAACACUGGCUGACAACCCACACUUGAUUGGAUCCCGGCCCAAGUGAAGUGAAUUAGGUUGGUGUUGGGUCAUAGUAAUAAUAACAAUAAUAUAUCAUUAUAAAAUAAUAUCAACUCAGAGAGGGAUUCUGAAGACGUUAUUUC